GCCGCACGGAUGAGAACGACGCCGGAGCCGUCUCUUACAAGUGUUGGGUUGUAACUGUACAGGAGUGUAGGAACGUUGUAACUUGUAUAAGAAACCUGUCCGUCAACAUCAAGCUGUUCUCUGUCGUUUGUAUCCGUUUUGCUGUUCCAGCUUUCAGCGUGUAGCGUUCAGUUGCGUGCGCGCCAUUCGUAGCCUACUACGUCCGUUUAGUCUCAUGCCUCAAGGUGUAAAUCAACCCAGGCGUCGCGUGGUGCUCUCGCGUACGGGAGAUCCAGUGAUAUCGAUGCCGAACCAAGGCUUUGAAACUCCCGGUCGAGGUGGGUAUCAGCCGCGUGGAGUACAACGCACCCGUGCGUCAGCCGGGUUCCGAAGCACGUCGAGGCCUGGCCCUGCUAGAGUUGGUGGCUCUGUGACAGGAUUUCGGUCGGCAGGGUUUCGCAACUCUUUCAGGCCAAGGGCACCUUCCGUCGCCCCUCGAGGACCCCCACGGGACCAGUGACAUGUCACCGCCCAUGCCUACUAGCAGGCUUUCAGGCACUGCCCCUCGCAGGCCCAGCGCGAGCGCCGCUAGCAACCAUGGUCCCGACAUGGAUGAGCGAGAAUCGUCAUCGCGAAAGCCGGUCACACACUCUGUCAGCGUCUGGACAGUGCAAAUCGGAGAGGUGCCCCUCUCUUACUUCUCGCGGGAGAGGUGGAGGGACCAGUGCCGCCCCGAGAAGGGCAUGCGGGUCGAAGAGAUCGACGAGCCAUUCCGCGGCUGCACCCUUCAGGACAGGCAUCCCAAUGAGCCGAAGGCCACUUACUCCGAGCAGGAGAUGCGCAACUUGUGCCCCAUCUGCGGCACUCUGGUGAUCCACUGGGAAACACACAAGGAGGGAAAGCUGCACCACGAGCGGGCCAAAGUCCGGGAGUCGUACGCUCCCUCUUCCUCUCAAACUGCGGGCCCGACACAACAGGACGUUGUCGCCGCGCUGCGUGUUCUGCAGGCCACGCGGCCCGACAUCAUUGCGGCCUCCCUCGCUGCCUCCGCGCCCAACUUGCUGAUGUCCUUGAAGGGUCCCGAGGUAAAUACAAUGUCGCCACCACGUUUGAGUGACAGGAUGAAGCGAAGUGGCCGUUCCCCGUCGCCGGAUAGGAAGCGCCAUGCCUCCCGAUGGGAACCUGCUGGCCACGAUCUUCGCUACGACGAUCCUCCUCGCGCUGCUGUCCCCAAGGGUCCAGCUCCGAGGGCCGUUCCCCCGCCAAUGCAGCCAAUGUACAACGACCUCCCGCAUGGACCAGGCCGCGGCUACACAUCUGGUUCAUACACAUGGCGCUAAACAAGCAUGUAGACAUGCAGCACCACAUACGCCAGCUUCAUGCAGGAAUUUGUUUUUCAGAUUGUUUUGCAAGCUUGUUUCAGUUCAGGAUCCUGCAAUAAAUUUCAUCUGUCGUCCGUCAA